UCACGCUGUCUAGUCACAGAGGAAGGCUGUGCUUCUCUGGUCUCAGCUCUGAGGUCAAACCCCUCACACCUGAGAGAGCUGGAUCUGAGCUACAAUCACCCAGGAGACUCAGGAGUCAGACUGCUCUCUGCUGGACUGGAGGAUCCCCACUGCAGACUGGAGAAACUCAAUGUGGAACAUGGUGGAGAGUACACAAUGAAACCUGGACUUAGAAAAUAUGUCUGUGAUCUCACACUGGACCUAAACACAGUAAACAGACUCCUCUCUCUGUCUGAGGGGAACAGAAAGGUGACAUGUAGGAGAGAGGAACAGCCGUAUCCUGAUCACCCAGAGAGAUUUGAAGACUGUAAACAGGUGCUGUGUAGAGAGGGUCUGACUGGGUGCUGUUACUGGGAGGUCGAGUGGAGUGGGAGGGCAGAUAUAGGAGUGACAUAUAAAGGAAUCAACAGGAGAGGAAGGGGUAUCGACUGUUGGCUUGGAUACAAUGACAAGUCCUGGAGUCUGAUCUGCUCUGACAACAGUUACUCUGCCUGGCACAAUAAUAAUCGGACUCUCAUUGACGUCCACCCCUCCAGCUCCCACAGAGUAGGAGUGUAUCUGGACUGGCCAGCCGGCACUCUGUCCUUCUAUAGAGCCUCCUCUGACACACUGACCCACCUGAUCACAUUCACCUCCACAUUCACUGAGCCCCUCUAUCCAGGGAUUGGGUUUGAUUAUGACUCCUCAGUGUCCCUGUAAAUAAUAACAUGACACACACAAACACACACACACACUGGACACACAAACACACACACACACUGGACACACACCUACACACUGGA